CUGCAUUGCCUUAAGGUGCUUGUGGCUCCGGCUUGUCUCCUGAUUGGAAGUCACUGCUGCGUUGCUGAACCAGUCAGGCUUUUAGAUUUUCAGUCUGUGUAGAGAAAGAAAUGGCUCCUUAUUUGGGGACAGAAGUCAAGCAUUUUACCCAUGAAUCCUUACGCUGUCCCCACACUGGGAGGCGUGUCCAUCCCAUUCGACUCCUUCUUAAAAAUGUCAGCAUAUGCUCAAAGUCGGUUAGUCAUUGCAUUUUAUCAUACACAGAUGACAGUGCUGACCUGUUACUGAAUUUUAAACAUAAUUUUGUCCAGCACAAGUGCUUCAAAAUUCAGUUUCAAUUGCAGUGACCCAAAAUGGGCUUAAAACUAUUUUCAGGCGCAAAUGAGUCAAACACAAAUAUGCGAAAGGCCCUGAAAAACUCACCCCAUUCAGAAAAAAGUGGUGAGUGAGUCCACUGUUAUCUAGUUAUUGGAUUAGCCUACAUAUGUGAAGAAUUUGUGCAAUCUUUUUAAAUGCAGCCUUCCAAUGAUAUGAUCUUUUUUUUUUUUUCUGUUUGCAGUACUUGCGCUUCUGGUCUACAGUUAAGGUCCAUCUUAUCAGAUCUGUUGAACUUGAUACAGUGAACUGGUUUUGCAGAGAACAGGAAAAGGGAGGAAGUUAAGCAUGUGACCAUCAAGGUUAAAGGUUGUUUCAGCUUGGGGUGUUAACCAAAGUAGAUUUGUGCAUAAUGUGCUACAAAAAUGGGUCAUGUUCUUGCAUGAAACACUGACACAUUUGGAGUAGGCACACCAUCAGCAAGGUGCAAAAUAAGCCUAUGUUCAUAAUGCAAUGAUAUUUUUGUGCAUCCGUCCAUACUGAUCUGCCCUUAGCCUCUCUCAGCUGAGCUGACCAUCGGAAGCUGUGGACUGAUCUGUGGUAUGGUAAUCACGGCUUCUCAGAAUGAACUCCGUUCAGAUAAUAAGACAUCACUUUUAGUUCCUCACUGCGAGGUGCAGUUUAGACCACAGCACAUGUUCAAAUGACGUGUGAAGCUUUUCACUACAUAAGCUUCACGUUUGCAGAAACUGCGCAUAUCUCUUCUCAUAGUAGAUGAAAAACACAUGCUCGUGUCCUGGAUCCCUUAAGCAAAUGCCCUUUCGAAGGGUGUACUGAGCACCUGACACGGCCGUUGUCGCCGGCUGCUGCAGAGAAGGCGUCCAUGCCAUGGCUUCGGAACUGCUCGUUGAUUUUCAGGAGGACCUCGCGGGAGAGGACACCCCCAAUAAUGCUCUGGACCAGCUGAAGCUGUCCCCCAUGGAGGACAGGAAAUGUCUGGCGGAUGAAAUGGACAGCCUGAGCAAGUCCGACACAGACAUCCCCAGUCAGCUCGGGGAAGGGCCCUACCCAAAACCGCUUGAGACGUAUGAAGAUAUUGCCAGGCACCAAAUCGUCGAGGUGGCAGGUGACGACAACUUCGGCAGGAAGGUGAUCGUGUUUAAUGCCUGUCGCAUGCCCCCGCAGCACGAGCUGAACCACAGACAUCUUCUCUUGUACCUGAAACAAACCCUGGACCAGUAUGUGGAGAGUGAUUACACCCUGAUCUAUUUCCACCAUGGCCUCACCAGCAGGAACAAGCCCUCUUUCACCUGGCUUAGAGAGGCCUACCGAGAGUUUGACAGAAAAUAUAAGAAGAACAUCAAGGCUCUGUACAUUGUGCACCCCACCAUGUUCAUCAGGACAAUGCUCAUUCUCUUCAAACCACUCAUCAGCUUUAAGUUUGGACAAAAGAUAAAUUACAUCAACUACCUGAGUGAGCUGGAGGACAUUAUGAAGUGUAAACAGCUGGUGAUUCCCACGCGAGUCAGAGACUACGAUGAGAAGAUCAAGGCUUCGCUGAAGCCCUCUCCUGAGGUGCCCGGUGUCCGCCCUCCCAGCCCCCCGCUGCCCCACCAGCAGUUUGGCGUUGCCCUGUCUGUGUUAAAAGCAAGAAGUGCUGACAAUGAUAGUGUUCCCAUGGUGAUGAGAGAGACAAUCAGCUUCCUAAAAGAACACGGUCUGGAAACAGAGGGCAUAUUCCGCAGGUCAGCCAACGUGAACCUUGUCAAGAGUAUUCAGCACAAAUACAACUCAGGGGAGAGGGUGAACUUCUCAGAGCAGGGAGACGUCCACCUCGCUGCCAUAAUUCUGAAGAAGUUUCUGAGGGAGCUUCCAGAGCCGAUCCUCACAUACAGGCUGUAUAACGGCAUCGUCAAUUUCCACAAUGUCGAGAGCAGUUCCCAGGUCAGGGAAAUCCAGGACAUGUUGAAGACGCUACCAGAGGAGAACUACAGCUCUCUAAAGUUUCUCAUCCAGUUCCUUGUGCAGGUGUCCGGUCAGUGUGAGGUAAACAAGAUGAACAACAACAACCUAGCGGUAGUGUUCGGCCCCAACCUGCUCUGGGGUCGGGACGCCGCCAUGACCCUGAGCGCCAUCGGGCCCAUCAACAACUACACCAGGACCCUGCUGGACCAGCACGCUGACAUCUUCAGCCCCUGAACACACCCCUGCCCGGGCCUUCUGUUCGGCACCGUCCAAUCAGACCAUUCCCUCUUUGGUUCUUCUGUUUCACAUUCUGCCCUGUUACUUCACACCGGCCCCAUGUAACUAGUUCUAUGAAACACAAAGAGAGCGUUGUAAUCGAAGCUUAGGACACAUAAUGAGACGAGGUGGGGUUGGGUAUCGGAAAAGUAGUUCAAUCAUAAAAGCGGGAAGCCGGCUUCCUGCUCCAAGUACCUGCACUUCUCUGACACCUCUGGCGAAAAGGUACGUGUGAAAACAUUUAGUACUUUUGUCCUUUCGGGAAAAUUAAAAUCAAAGGCAGUCAAAUAUGCCUUUUGCCUCCACAAUAAGAAACACACCACAGGUGCACAAAUGCGCACAAAAACACUUGCUGUAGUUUUUGUAAACAUGGAUAAAAGAAGUUUCGGACUUACUAAUUUACUCAUCUAAACUAGCUUGCUUUGAAAAACAUUUUCUUUUUUUCAGUUUUUAAUUUGUGUCACACAGUACUACACAUCACUGAACUUACGACUAAUAUUGCUUAAUUACAGAUUUUGGUUAUUCUCUCUUCACUGUGAUUUUGAUAUUGAGCUAACAGUCUGAAGAUAUUUAAAAUGCAGUUUUUAUCAGUAUUCUAAAACCACAGGUAUGUUAUCAAUUCUCCUGAACUCUGGUUCUAGCUAAUCUAAAUUUUUGACAUUUUGAAUUAAUUUGAAAAAAGAAAAAACGAUGUCUAAGCAUUUUAAAAAACUGUGGGGAAUGCAUUGUUGCGGUGGGCUGUGCACAUAAAGUAAAAGCUAAUUAUGGGAACUCAGACUUUCAUAAGGUUAAGUCAGCUCUGAAUCCUUUAAGUGUGUGUUAUGUUUUUUUUAAGCAUACUGUGUGUACAAGCAUAUAUUUUAUGCAAAAUUGCCCUGUAAUAAUCCCAGUUUGAAAAUCAGUUGAUUAUAAUCCAAACAAAAUUCCUUUAAGGAAAGUCCAGCAUUAACUGAUUUUAUAACUCAAAUUUUUCUAACAUAAAGAGGUGCAACAGCACAAGAAGUGCUUUUUCUCUUUCCGUUUCAUCCCGUCCUUGAUUUGCCUUCUCCACACACAAUGUCGUAAUUGCCCCAAAUCUAAAAUGUAACAAUAGUGAAAUUAAAAAUUAAUUUAAAUGCUCAUCACAAGGUGCAUUACACUAAACAGUUGGAGUCGUGUCAAUUUUAUCAGUGAAUAAAACAGAAACCAUUUAUAUAGAACCUACUAACAAGACCUUUGAAGUACCUAAGCUCUGGAAUUCUUUCCAAAGUGAAUGUGGCAUCUCUCACACAAUGCGUGCUAGCAUAACCUGCUAGCCUAUCGUGUCUUUGAAGUGCCGCAUUCAGGGGAGCUGAAAUCAUCUUCAGAUAUCAGUCCUGUUUCUCUUUCUGAGAACUACAGUUCAGUGUAAUACAUUCCCUGUACUUGACUGUCCCGUAGGUGACCUCCUCUACAACAGAAUAUAUCUUUACUGUGCCCUGUAUAUUGACAAAAUAUUUUUGAGUCCUUGUCUGAUUGUAUACUUGUGAGGUGAGGUUUCGAGUUUGUUUCACCGUUUGUGUGUUAGUUAUACUUCCUACCCAGACCGUUUGUUUUCUUGAGGUCAUCGCCACAGCAUAGUUUGAAAAAGGGGUUCAGAGUGGCCUCUCUAGGUAAACGUGGAGCAGACCCAACCAAAGAAAAAGGGAUGCUCUGAAAAUGGCUGAAAUAUUUUUCUAUAGUAAAUUAACUUAUAGUUAAGACAGCCACAACCCGUUACUGGCCUCUUUACUAAUGGUUUUUUAUAUGCUGUGUUGCUGCACCCUUUUUUUGCCAAAAUAUUGAGGGUGAAUCUGUGCUUUUUAAUCUUGAUUAUUUCAGUAUGACUUUGAUAGUGUCUGUUGAAACUACCAAUAUUUUAGGGUUGAGUGAGUGAGGCUAGUAUAAAUUACAAGGUACAUUGUCUUUUUUCCUGUUGUACUUGAAAGUAUGACACCUGAUUUUGCAUCUUAUAAAGAUAUCCGUUUUUUUAAUGUGGGUAUGGAAAACCUUUCUAGUAAUGUCAUAGCAUUCCAGUAAUUGAAAUUCAGAUGUGGCUUACUAGAAACUGUUUCAAUUCCAAAGUGUCUUGUGUGCCUUAUUUCACUACACAGGCAAGUAGAGUAACAGUCAGUCCUUAUCUUGGUCUGGUACUCAUGAUAAUCAUCAUGCCAUCUCCUUGCUUUUACUUCAGUACUCAUUUUAUAUUUAUCUGUCUUGGUGAGUGGUUAUUGUUUUCCUGGUUUCCAUGAUAAAAAUGAGAUGCUCGUGUAUGCUUUUCUUUUUUUAGAGAUGGUGAUUUUUUUUGUUUCAUUCUUGCUGGUUAUGUUACUGAAAACUUAUUUUUCCAAGUCUUAUUUUUUAUAUUAUUUGUGGUCAAUAAACGUAAUUGAACUGUA